AUGCAAGCCAACAGUCACCCCAUGUGCGGUCAACAACAACAGCAACAACCAGGGGCAGCGGCCUCUGACGAAGACCCACUCGACUCGGAGAAGCUGUUGUUUUGGCAACUUGCCAAGAAGUUGUGCAGUCAACGCCGCAGAGCGGAACGUAGCGUAGUCAAGGCGUAUCGACAACAGCAACAUGACGAACAACACAUCAACAUCCCAGCCGAAAUCAUGGCCGGCGUGGGUAGCAGUGCCGCCAGUGCCCGUAGUGCUGGUGGUGGCAGCAGCAGUACCGAUCAAGUCUGGCAGCAACAACAAAAGGAUGCGGCAUGGUUAUUUGCACCCACGACCACGGAAGAUGACCUGGUGCUGCUAGAUGAUCCCCUAGACUUCAUGACGAAGGGCAAAACGAGUCAAGACGAAGAUGAUAACAGCGAUGAUGCCUCCUGUGUGUCGGAUGUGACCAGAGAACUGCAAGACAUUGACGCUCCAGCCUUGUACCCGUCCCUGGAUGUUUUGGCGGAAGUUCCUGAUAUCGAAGUUAAAGAACACAAAGAAGGAAAGAUUGAAGUGUCUUCGCAUACCUUGUAUCCAUCCCUUGGCGUGCUGUUGGAAGAAGAUUUUCCUGAUAUGAUGAGCCUUUCGGUCACUGCCAGUAGCACUCGGGAAGAGACCACUGGCAGCAAGACUGGUGGACGAGGCAACUGGCGCUCACGAUACCCAAGGAAAGUUCAGCAGCAAGAGGAGGACGAGUAUGAUCUCAGCAAUCUCAUGAUGCCAGCAACUCCAAAGACAGACGAGUUUGACCUUGGCAAUCUCAUGAUGCCAGAAACCCCACCCGAGAAGAAAUCACAUCCAACAUUCGGUACUCCCAGCAACCGCGAUAUCAGCCUCAUUCCAAAAGACAGCAACAGCACUAGACAAGGAGCAUCCGAAGCUUCAGCAAAGUCGAAGCAAAAGAAGAAGAACGACGUGAGGAGACAACGUACUGGUGCUACAUGUAGUACCAAGGGUAGCAGCAACUCACCCGAUCGUGGCUUUGAUCGAACGUCCACUCAGGGGUCGCCCAAGCAACCUCAGCGACGUUUGAGUCUCGACUCGCGGCGAAGCGGUAACCUUUUGAUUAGUGAAAACGACGAAAAACACUCCAAGAUGGAUCUGCUUCGGCGAAACUUUGUUCAUUUGGAGCGAGACAUCUCCGCAGAAUCUCCAGUCCAGCCUCAACGUCGACGCAGCAUUGGAUCUCUCUGCAGCAAGAGUCUGCUAGACAUGGUAGCCCAGAAAUAUGAACAGAAGGAAGAGGAGGAGGAGUUGCUACCAUGGCGAAGCACCAAAGCACCAGACAACCGUGAUUUGCAACGCAAUCGUUCGACAGCGUCGCCCAUGCCACCACGUCGACGACGCAGUUUCGAUUCUCAACAACUGCUUGACCUUGUUGGGCAAAGCGAUGUGGGAAACAGAAACGCUUCGGUGGAAACAAACAAUGACAGGAGCACACGCACUCCCACGUGGGAGGAACUGAGCUAUGGAGGCACCGUCAAUGGCAGUCGCUACGGUGGCAAAGGAGCCAUGCAAGGACCAUCUGUUGAAGAAAAUCAGGCAACCUAUCAAAACAGCAACCAGGUCCUUUCCCCAAGGGAACUUGGUUAUUGCGAAGACGAGCAGCACCAGAGUAGCCCCCGCCUACCUGGCCGUCGAGCAUCCUUCUCGUCGUUUAUCGAUGACAAUUCCACCAUUGCCACAGAGACGUUGGGUUUGUACAAAAGACGAAAGUCGAUUGACUCGACCGUCGCUGAGCCCCUGUUUGCCGAUAAAAGGCCGGACAGACAACCAGCUCGACCAAAGCGUCAAAUGAGCAUCAACUCCGCCAUGCACAAUUCGUCGCAGAGCAGCUUCUCUCGACUGUACAAUUCGUCGCAGGGCAGCUUCUCUCGACUGCAUAGUUUGGACGAAUCCAACCAGUCGCCUUACGGCAUGGCCGGUAUGGCCGGGCGAGCCUUGAUGAAGGGGACAAGAACACAUUCAGGGAACCUCUUCGAUGAUGUCAUCAAGGAAGAGUCUGGUCACCCCUCGUCUCAUGGCGGAGUUGGAGGAGGAAGUGAAUUCCCCGAGCGCAGCCAGCCUGUUGAUACCAAAAACAGCAACCACCAGUAUCACCAGCAGGGAGCAUAUUAUACUGAGCACCAUGGUAACUACAAACGACGUGCUACUCCAAGCCAGAAUCCGCUGCCUCAUGAAAACAACCAUUGGAAUCCAGUUCCAAGAAAGCAGGAGCAGCAACGGAAUAGAACGGAGUUGCAAGUGGAGAUUCAACCCGGGGUCUUUCAGCAUUUGCGAGGCAGUGCUGAAACCCUCAGAGCAAUCGAACAAAAGAAAAUACAAAAAACCACUUGCAUGUCCUGCACUGUGAAGCUCUUCUGCGUGCCGGAUGCAGAAUAUGUCUUGUGUCCAGUCUGUAGAGUUGUCUCCCCGAUUGCCACGAAUUUUGGCAGUGGAGGGGGCGUCGGAUUGGGAAUCGAGUCUUCAGAGAAGCGAUACAGACCGGGUGCUCAAGCAUAG